AUGCGGAAAUCGUCAAAAUCUCGAUCGGAUAGCUCAACAAGUUCGUCAAUCGCCGCCGAAAGACUUGCUGAUUACCGCGGGGACAGCAGCAGUACUACCGCCUGUGGAUCAUCAUGCAAUAUUCCAAUUGGUCCUACUAGCCCUAAUGUUAGUCCUAGUACCCCUGAUGCUGAAAAUAUUAGUGGAGUAAAUACAAUGGCUACUUGUAAUUCUACUUGCUCAACUAUGUUAGCAAAAAUUAAUUUAUCUCAAGAUUCCGGUGAAACACACCUAGCUAGUCAUACCGACUCUUCAAUAGGAGCAAGCUCAAAGGAUUCUGGGAAGGACAAGGUUGCACUCCCUUCAAUAUCGCGGAAACCCCUCCCCAAUGAAAAAGAUGUUGCCAAGGAAUUCCUUAGGUGCAAAGAAGAAGGCUCAACAAGAUUAGAUUUAAGUAAAUCAAAUAUAACCAUCCUUCCAUCAUCAUUGAAAGACUUAACACAUCUAACGGAAUUUUACUUAUAUGGUAACAAGCUAACAACUUUACCUCCAGAAAUUGGAAGCCUUAUAAAUUUACGGACUUUGGCUUUAAGUGAAAAUUCUUUAACCAGUUUGCCUGAUACAUUAGUCAACUUAAAACAAUUAAAAGUUCUUGAUCUGAGGCACAACAAGCUCAAUGAGAUACCUGAUGUUGUGUACAAGCUCACCUCAUUAGUAACCUUGUAUCUGAGAUUUAAUAGAGUUCGAGUUGUUGGAGAAGAGAUUUCUAAUUUAAUAAACUUGACAAUGCUCAGUUUGAGAGAAAACAAAAUACAACAAUUGCCUGCAGGAAUAGGAAAGCUGACCCAACUGGUAACAUUUGAAGCUUCCAACAAUCAUCUAAAGCAUUUGCCUAAAGAAAUUGGAAAUUGUGUUGAACUGUCAACGUUAGAUGUUCACCAUAAUGAACUAUCAGAUAUUCCUGAAACAAUUGGCAAUUUGGUCAAUCUUACUCGUCUUGGCUUAAGGUAUAACCAGUUGACUGAAAUUCCUAAGUCUCUCAGCAAAUGUGUAAAUAUGAUGGAAUUUAAUGUGGAAAGUAAUCUUAUAUCCCAGUUACCUGAUGGAUUAUUGUCUAGUCUAUCAAAUUUGACUAGCUUAACACUCUCUCGUAAUUGCUUCACAUCAUAUCCUGUUGGUGGACCAUCACAAUUUUGUAGUGUUUAUACUGUAAAUUUGGAGCACAAUCAAGUUAGCAAAAUACCUUUUGGAAUUUUUUCUCGUGCCAAAAACCUAACAAAGUUGAAUAUGAAAGAAAACAAGCUAACAUCUUUGCCCUUAGACAUUGGAACAUGGACAAAUAUGGUAGAGCUCAAUCUUGGUACAAAUCAACUCACAAAGAUUCCUGAUGACAUUCAGUUCUUACAAUCACUUGAAGUUCUCAUUCUGAGUAAUAAUCUUUUAAGAAAGCUGCCUCAAAAUAUUGGUAAUCUAAGAAAACUUCGGAUUCUGGAUUUAGAAGAAAACAAAUUAGAAAUCUUGCCUAACGACAUAGGAUACCUAAGUGAGCUGCAAAAAUUAAUUAUUCAGAGUAACCAAUUGACAAGUUUACCUAGAGCUAUUGGACGACUUUCGAAUCUUACUUUGUUGAAUGUGGGUGAAAAUAAUUUAACAUGUCUUCCUGAAGAAAUUGGAACACUUGAAAAUUUGGAUACCUUGUUAAUCAAUGAUAACCCUAGUCUCCACCAUUUGCCAUUGGAACUUGCUUUGUGUACACAUUUGUCAAUUAUGGGCAUUGAAAAUUGUCCACUGUCACAGAUACCUCCAGAUAUUGUCAAUGGUGGGCCAUCUCUAGUCAUCCAAUUUUUGAAAAUGAAAGGUCCUUACUGCAAAAUGUGAUGCUGGAGUUCCCAUGUGUUCCACAUGUUUGACUUUCAUAAACCAUAUCAAAUUUCAUCCUUUAUUGUAACGUCCGAGGUAAGAGGUCCCUGAUACAAUGACAGAAUGUU